AUGUAUUCAAAAGACAUUUCCAGUAGAGCAGUAUUGGCUUUAUUUUCCCUGUUUACAGUGACAGCAAAUGAUUGUCCAUCUGUCUGUCGGUGUUAUAAUAUUACUGCGGAUUGUUCUAAUCAAAAUCUCUCUUAUAUACCAAAGCUUCCAAAACAUAUUCAGGAGAUUGAUCUUUCAGGGAAUUUUUACGAGAAUCUCACAAAACAGACAUUUGAAAAUGUGUCUAAGGAACAUAAAGUGGACUAUUUAGAUUUGUCUGUAUGUAACAUUGUUGAUGUUGGUCCCGGAAUCUUCGAAGAUUUACUUUAUCUCAGAAAUUUGAAUUUCAGUGACAAUGUUUUUAAACAUGCAAAUUUGUCGGAUAUUAUAACUUCAAGCAUUGAAGUGAUUGACCUCUCUGGAACAGAAAUAGAUAUCCAUGAAUUUGCAACAAUAGAAAGUCAAUCGCUGCAGAAACUCUUUUUGAAUAAGAACAAAAUCAAAAACCGUGUUAACAGUUCCAUUUUUAAGAAUUUGCCCAACAUCAAGGAACUUACACUCGCUGACAAUGGAAUAUACAAUAUAUCCCUAGAGGGACUGCGUAAUAUUUCUAGCUUAUCUCUGCAAUUAAACGAAAUUAUUUUUUUCCCAACAUUUUGUGAUCCAGAUAAUAAAUCUUUGACUCCAUCGUUGGUGUAUUUGGAUGUCCAACAAAAUCACAUUUCAAAUCUGAUAAAUUUAGAAAAGUCUUCCAAAUGCUUGACAACUCUGACUCAUUUGGCGCUCUCUUACAAUCCAAUAAGAAUCUUGAAGAACAAUACAUUUGCUCAUCUACCCAAUCUAACAAAUCUGUAUCUUGAAAAUCUUUUUAGUGUUGAAAACAUCUUUGAGGAAAUGUCAUUAUCUUCCAACUCUCUUCAAGAACUCCACAUUGGGAACAUCGGAGCUAAAUAUCCUCCAACUUUUGAUUCAAACCGUGUUUUUAAGCAUACACCAGAAUUAGUGAAAUUAAGCAUAGCGCGCUUUGAUUUGAUGAAUACAAAUAUGUCUUUGUUAUUGGAAUUUUUGCUCAAACUCGAGGAACUUGUUAUCAAUGAUUGCCAUCUUCUACAAAUUCCGCGUAUUAUUUCCAGUUUGAAACGUCUCAAAGUACUGGAUUUGGGAACCAAUUAUAUUGGAGCCUUGAAUUAUCAUUUAUUUGAAGAUUUGAGGGGUCUUAAGAAUUUAACUUUAAUGGCAAAUAGGAUUAGUGUUAUUGACAAUAACUCUAUUUCUAUUGCAACACUUGAUCGUCUUUCUCUUCUGGAUAUCCGAUUCAAUCCAUAUGCUUGCAACUGUGAUUUGUAUUGGUUCAUUAACUCUGUACUGAAAGAAAGGAAAGAUAUUUUGUUCCAGAAUGAUCUAUCUUCUUACCAGUGUUCUUCUCCGAAAAAUCUAUAUAACCGAACCUUGACGGAUUAUAACCCAUCAUAUUAUGAAUGUCAUUCUUUGACGAUGCAAGAGGCGAUUGCAAUCGCUACAGUCUGCAUUUUUAUUUUGCUGAUCAUUCUUGUUGUUCUCUACAAAAAAUACAAAUGGCAUAUAAAAUACUAUGCUUAUUUGCUCCGGUCACGAAAAGGAUAUGAAAAAAUUGAAGGAACGGAUGAGUCAGAUAUUUUAUUUGAUGCCUUUGUUGCGUAUAAUGAAGAUGACCGCUCCUGGGUUAUCUCCAAUUUGAUGUCAGAACUUGAGGGUAAGGAGCAAUAUCGCUUGUGUCUUCACGAAAGAGACUUUCUUCCUGGGAGGACUAUUUUCUCACAAAUCUCUCACACUAUAAAGAGAAGUAGAAAAGUCAUUUUAGUUAUAUCAAACAGCUUUGCAAAGAGUCAAUGGUGUCAGUACGAGACUCUGGUGGCGCAGGAUCGACUGAUUGAUGACGGUGCCAAUGUGCUUAUUGUUGUGCUGUUGGGGGAAAUUCAGAGCAAAUAUAUGACAGACUCUUUGCAUAUGCUACUUCGUUCCAUGACCUAUAUAAGAUGGCCAUCAGCAAAUUCGCCUGGAAGGGAACUUUUCUGGAACAAAAUUAAACUUGCAAUGAAGCAAUAAUGCAACAAAUUG